AUGGAAACAGCUCCGGCGAACCAUCAGUUUCAGUUUCAGGAUCAAUACGAGAAUACGUAUUUUCUCCACAGUUCUGAUCAUGCCGGACUCAUUCUCGUCUCUGAUCGUCUCCAAUCUGGUGGGGACUUUCAUUCAUGGCGUCGCUCUGUUCGGAUGGCUCUCAAUGUUCGGAACAAACUCGGAUUCAUUGACGGCACCGUUCCAAAACCUCCCGAUAACCAUCGCGAUGCCGGCUCUUGGUCGCGUUCCAACGAUAUGGUGGCGACGUGGUUGAUGAAUUCCGUCUCCAAGAAAAUCGGUCAGAGUCUUCUCUUUAUGAAUACUGCUGAAUCAAUCUGGAAGAACCUAUUGGCUAGAUUUAAGCAAGACGAUGCUCCUAGAGAUUUUGAGAUUGAACAGCGUUUGAGUAGUAUUCAUCAAGGAUCGAUGGAUGUGAGCACUUACUAUACAGAAUUGGUGACUCUCUGGGAAGAACACAAGAAUUACGUUGAACUUCCUGUGUGUUCGUGUGGCAAAUGUGAGUGCAAUGCCGUUAGUCUAUGGGAGCGUCUUCAACAACGUAACAGUGUCACAAAGUUUCUAAUGGGACUCAAUGAAUCGUUUGAAUCUUCUCGUCGUCAUAUCCUGAUGCUAAAACCGAUUCCUUCCACUGAAAAUGUGUUUAACAUGAUCGCACAGGAUGAGAGGCAAAAGUCUAUUAAGCCGAGCUCCAAGAUCGACAAUGUGGCUUUCCAGACUUCAGCUCCUUCUGAUUAUUCUUAUGAUACUCAAUCUGAGAACACGACAUUUGCAGCUCAACACCACAACAACUUCAAGGCGAAGUAA